AUGGCUGAGACCAUUUUGAGGCUCAGCUGCAUUGAGGUGCUUGAUGGCAACGUGGGCAGGAAGCGAAAGAGUGAGUCGGGAAAGGGGCAGGAGGUGCCGAAAGUGCCCAGGGGAAAGGCUGUGAAGAAGGAGCUGGAGGAAACAUCAUGCAUGGUGCAGCCCCCUGUGGUAAAAGGGAAGAAGAAAUUGCCUGAGGUUGAGAAGAAGCCGCUGCAGGAAAACAUCAUCAGCAGCUCUCUAAAGCAAGCGGCUGCAGAAGGGAAAGGUCUCAGCUCAAGCCUGUGGGACGGGAUCCAGGCAGAGGAGGUUGCUGCAUCUGGGCUGAAGGAGACCGAAUCAACCCUCCACCAAGGGCCAUCGGUGGGGCUGAAAGACUCUUCAGGGUCUCAGAGCAAACCCCAGAAAGCAAGACCUGCAGCAGGACAGCAUCCCUCAGCAAGCAAGGCUGGAGUUAGGGUCCCAAAGCCAAGUGGUGGUGUUGCUGGUGGGGUUGCAUCCCUUUCCAGAGAGCCUGGGGCUUUGGAGAUGGAUGUGGCCAUCACCACUAUGAGGGAGGUUGAGGAGGAGGAUCUGGACCCCACUGACCUGCUGCAGCAAGGGGGUGCCCAAGACCUGAAAAGGAAAAGAAAGAAGCAAGAGCAAAGGAAGCAGCAGGAAAAGGGUUUGCUGAGAAAAGGAGGGAGUGAGAAGGAUGAAUUUGAGGAAAGCCCUGAGGAUGUGAUGGAGGGCAUUGAGGAGGAAGAGGGUGCUGAUGGGGGCAGGAAUCAGGCAGUGGGAUGGGGCAGAGCCAAGCGAGGGAGCAGCAGCACCCAGGGACAGGGUGAUGGGAGGCAAAAGCAGAAGGGGAAAGCAGAGAAGCGCAAGAAGGUGAAAACAGAGGGGGAGGAGAAGAUGGGGAAGAAGAAGAAAAUAAAGAAAGAAAAAAUUUUGGAAGAGGAGCAAGAGCUGGAGAAGACAGAUGAGGAAGCAGGAGAGAAUGGAGAGUGA